GCGAGGCUGGGCCCGUGAACCUUGUGGGACGCUGUCAGGUCCGACGGUGGAUGGUAAUUGCCUGCCUCCCGCGAGCAAGAAGGUACUUUGUUGUCCUUAAAUGACUUUCCUGGAAGUAGUUUCAGGAGUGUUUGAUUUCCUUCCCAUUAAAUAUGGAAGACUGAUUCCUGAUAAUUUCACACAUUCUAUGCUGUGAUAUCCUUGGGAUUCUCAAACUAAAGUAGAAGACCUCUUGAACCCAAGCCUGACCUGAUUCCAGGCCAUGGAUUAACCUCUGUGGAAGUAAGGAUUCGAAGCUACGCUGCUAAAAGCUAGAAUGAAACAGUUGCCUGCAGCAACAGUGCGCCUCCUUUCAAGUUCUCAGAUAAUCACUUCAGUGGUCAGUGUUGUGAAAGAGCUCAUUGAAAACUCCUUGGAUGCAGGUGCCACAAGCAUAGAUGUUAAACUGGAGAACUAUGGAUUUGAUAAAAUUGAGGUGCGAGACAAUGGUGAGGGUAUCAAGGCCACUGAUGCACCUGUAAUGGCAAUGAAAUACUACACUUCAAAAAUAAAUAGUCAUGAAGAUCUUGAAAAUUUGACAACUUACGGUUUUCGUGGAGAAGCAUUGGGGUCAAUUUGUUGUGUAGCUGAGGUUUUGAUUACAACAAGGACAGCUUCUGAUAAUUUUAGCACCCAGUAUGUUUUGGAUGGCAGCGGCCACAUAAUUUCUCAAAAACCUUCACAUCUUGGUCAAGGUACAACUGUGACUGCUUUAAGAUUGUUUAAGAAUCUACCUGUAAGAAAGCAGUUUUACUCAACUGCUAAAAAAUGUAAAGAUGAAAUAAAAAAGAUCCAGGAUCUCCUCAUAAGCUAUGGUAUACUUAAACCUGACUUAAGGAUUGUUUUUAUACAUAACAAGGCGGUUAUUUGGCAGAAAACUAGAGUAUCUGAUCAUAAGAUGGCUCUCAUGUCUGUUCUGGGGACUGCUGUUAUGGGCAACAUGGAAUCCUUUCAGUACCACUGUGAAGAAUCUCAGAUUUAUCUAAGUGGAUUUCUUCCUAAGCAAGAUGCAGACCACUCUUUUACAAGUCUUUCAACCCCAGAAAGGAGUUUUAUCUUUAUAAACAGUCGACCAAUACAUCAAAAAGACAUAUUAAAGCUAAUCCGACAUUAUUACAAUCUGAAGUGCCUAAAGGAAUCCACUCGUUUGUAUCCCAUUUUCUUUCUGAAAAUUGAUGUUCCUACAGCUGAUGUGGAUGUAAAUUUAACACCAGAUAAAAGUCAAGUAUUAUUACAGAAUAAGGAAUCUGUUUUAAUUGCUCUUGAAAAUCUGAUGACGACUUGUUACGGAUCACUACCUGGUACAAAUGAAAAUAAUAAAACAGAUGUUUCCUCAGCUGACAUGGUUGUUAGUAAUACAACAGAAACAGAUGUGCUUUUUAAUAAGAUGGAAUCAUCUGGAAAUAAUUAUCCAAAUGUUGAUACUUCAGCCAUUCCUUUCCAAAAUGAUGUGCAUAAUGAUAAAUCUGGGAAAAACACUAAUUAUUGUUUAAGUCAUCAGCUACAUGUUGAUGACCAUUAUGAUGAUCAUUUUAAUAGUGAAAAUUCUAACAUUGAUAAGAACACUAGAAAUACAUUUCAGGAGAUCCCAGUGAAUAAUUUAUCAUGUGAGGAUGCUCAGAAGGAAUGUAGUGAAACUUGUUUUGUAGAUUCUGUUAAGCACACCCAAUCAGAAAAUGGCAAUAAAAGCAAUAGAGAUGAGAGUGGGAAAAAUAAGGAAGCAGCAGGUCCUGAGAAGUCUUUGGAAAUCUGUGCAGAUGACUGGAGCAAAGGAAAUACACUUAAAAAUUCAAUGGGAGAAAACAUUGAACCCGUGAAAAUUUUAGUGCCUCAAGAAAGUUCACCGUGUAAAUUAAGUAAUAAUACUUCUCCAAGCCCUGAACAAAAGAAUCUCAGUGAAGGUUCUUGUAACAAAAAAUCAAAUGUGGUAGACAACAAAUCUGGACAGCUUACAGCUUAUGACUUAAUUAGCAAUCGAGUAAUCAAGAAACCCAUGUCAGCAAGUGCCCUUUUUGUUCAAGAUCAUCGUGCUCAGUUUCUCACAGAAAAGCUGGAGGAUGCAACAGUACAAAUUGAAGAACUGUGGAAGACAUUGAGUGAAGAGGAAAAACUGAAAUAUGAAGAGAAGGCUACUAAAGAUUUGGAACGAUACAAUAAGCAAAUCAAGAGAGCCAUUGAACAAGAGUCACAAAUGCCAUUAAAAGAUGGCAGAAAAAAGAUAAAGCCCACCAGUGCAUGGCAUUUGGCACAGAAGCACAAAUUGAAAACUUCAUUAUCGAAUCAGCCAAAACUUGAAGACCUUUUUCAGUGCCAAAUUGAAAAAAGAAAGAACCAAAAUGUUAAAAUAGUUCAGAUCCCCUUUUCUAUGGAAGACUUAAAAAAAAAUUUUGAGAAACAUAAAUUUGACUUAGAAGAGAAGGACGAAUUUUGCUUGAUCCACAAUCUCAAGUUUCCUGAUGGGUGGCUAAUUACAUCCAAAACAGAGGUAAUGUUAUUAAAUCCUUACAGAGUAGAAGAAGCCCUCCUAUUUAAAAGACUUAUUGAGAAUCAUAAACUUCCUGCAGAGCCACUGGAAAAGCCAAUUAUAUUAACAGAGAGUCUUUUUAAUGGAUCUCAUUACUUAGAGAUUUUAUGUAAAAUGACCACAGAUGAUCAGAGAUACAGUGGAUCAACUUACCUGUCUGAUCCUCGUCUUACAGCAAAUGGUUUCAAGAUAAAAUUAAUACCAGGUGUUUCCAUUGCUGAAGACUACUUGGAAAUAGAAGAAAUGGCUAAUUGUCUCCCAUUCUAUGGAGUGAUGGACUUAAAAGAAAUUCUUAAUGCCAUAUUAAACAAAAAUGCAAAGGAAGUUUAUGAAUGUAGACCUCGUAAAGUGAUAAGUUAUUUGGAGGGAGAAGCAGUGCGUCUAUCUAGACAGUUGCCGAUGUACUUGUCAAAAGAGGACAUCCAAGACAUUAUGUACAGAAUGAAGCACGAAUUUGGAAAUGAAAUUAAAGGGUGUGUUCAUGGUCGCCCAUUUUUUCAUCAUUUAAUCCAUAUUCCAGAAGCUACCUAAUUAAAUAUGUUUAAGAAAUUUGUUCCUAUUAAAAUUGAUAAUAAAACGAGUCAGUUUUAAACCAUCUUUGUAUUAUCAUGUAUUAAAUGGUUAUUUUAUAAGUGAGGAUUUACUGACUUGCAUAUUGAAAAAGGAUUCAAAAACUGGAAAACUUAAAUAAACUAACAUUGACUGUUCAUUUUAA